AUGGACCUCAGCACGGAUAUCUUGGAAAUAGUCAUCUGUAGUAUUCUGAUAUCUCUCAGUGUGGUUGGUAAUCUACUGUUGAUUUAUUGCACAAGGAGAUGCAUCGGUGAGCAUUUACGAAUCUCAUUCAUACUUAUUUUUAGUCUUGCAUUUGACCAUAUUGUAAACAACUUGGUAGUUAAUACCUUGAAGAUUGUAUAUGCCUCUGGUGUUGAGUUGGAUUCAGCCAGCUGCAAAGUUCUUGUGUUCACAACAAUUUUUACUACUUCUCUUGCCAUAUGGUUCACAUUAUACAUUGCUUUGCUGUACUGCUUUAAAUUGUGUCGAGUGGUACACCCUCCAGUUGAAGCUACAAACACAAACCAUCGGAAGUGUCACCUGGUUCUAGUUUUUGCUCUUUGGGUUGCUGGUUUUGCAGUUUGCUGUCCAGUUUUACCAUAUACAGGAAGGCCUGGAAAUCUAACUGGAGGAAAUGAGACUUAUCCACAGCAUAGCAUCUUGAACUGUUCUGAAUGCAAGACUGAAUACAGAAAUGAACAGCUGGAGAUGUUAUAUGGAAAAAUAUUUCUAGUGGCUAUUGAUCUUCUCCCUCUGAUAAUUUUAUUCCUUGUUGGCUUCCGAAUAACACAUCUCCUUUGGGAACACAGGAAGACCACAUAUGGUGGCAUAUGGAUUGGGAAUGACCUUGCUGACACAGAGGUCCUCAGAGCAUGUAAACUUAUCCUGGCAUUAAUAUUUCUUAUUACUUCAUUCUGGAUUUCUCACUUUGUCCUGGUGCAUUGCUUGAAACAGUUUAAUUUCUAUUACUUUGCACAACCAGUCCUGACUGUUCUUCAUUCAGGAUACUCAGCUGUCAGUCCUUAUCUUCUUAUACUGAUUAACUACAAAAUAAACGUGAAAAUGGGGUCUUUCUGUUGCAAAGGAGAGGGGAAACCAGUAUCCCCGACAACUGUAUUUCCAUCUGAAGAAAUGUCUCCAUAUGCUUAG